GCACAGAAAACCCAAACAAACAUCAAUAGCUACUCUACGAGGGCGUUAUAUAUUAUCACACCGGGGUGUCAUUUCGUUGUUAUUCGACUACUUAAUAUACCCUCGAAUCUAUUCAAGGCUAUUUUGCUUGGGAGAAGGUGCAGCUCCUUUGCAGAAUCAAGUGGAACACCUGGAAGUAAUCAGAAAACUCUUCAGCAAGGGAAAAGGCCCUAAACAAGGAGAGCAUCUCUACACAUUUAGGGUUUUUUGGGGGGGUUGUUGUUUUUUAUUAGACUGAUUAGUAUAUUGGAGCCUUGUACCGGGGUUUUGAACUUUCAUAUCUAUGAACUCAGAGUUCCUCCGACUUUCAUCUUUCAGAAAGCUGCACAUGAAUGGGCAUUUUACAAAUGUGAAAGCAAAUCAUGCAACAAUAGACAUCUUUAUAAUGCAUCCCUCAUCAAGCUCUCUGUUUCACUAACCAGAAAGUAAAAUGACAGCAAUGUAACUAACAGGUUUUGUUUUCGUCAUUGUCAUGUGACUUUGAAUUAGCGCGCAUCAUUUCCUUCCAACUGUGGGAGUCUUUUCACCACAUUAAUGAGGUGAGCAGUGGGUUUCCUGCAAAAGACUGUCCCUGAACUCCCUUUCUUUCGUGCAUGUGUUCCACUAGAUUCUAAAAUGAUUCGGUAAAAGUGUAAUUGAUGCCAAAACCGACUGGCCCACAGUGUGGCAGAACAACAUUUGUUUCGUUGUCCCCGACUUGGCGUCCAAGUGGAACUGCUGCGCAAAUUGCGGUCCAUGCACGUGGGCAAGCCCCUUCUACCUGUUGACAAGAACGCAACCUCGCUCUUCUGCGCCAGUGGGGCAAAUGACCUCUUAGCGAUAUACUAUUUUGCCAAUUGACAAAAUCUGACCAUGUUUCAUGCGUCCCAACUAAAUCAUUGAACAACUUCCGAAGUGACUUGGACUUUUAAAACGGUAUCACUCUGCACGGGAUUCGCUCAGGAGCAGCUUGGGAAUCCUGUUCCUCGGAGACCGCUGCACUUACAUUUUUGGAAGUCCGUCUCCUUCCUUGUUUGGCCAGUUUUCUGGAUCACCAAUUCCAGAUCAUUCCUGCAACUCUUUGACCCAUCUCUCUUCCACCCUGGACGAAGCGAUCCGCUUCUGGGAAAAGAGGCUGUGCCGUGCUGGCAGAGGUUUAGAGGGGUAGUCGUUGUGCCGCUCCCUGUCCGUCAGCGCCAACAGGCCUGAAGAACAGAGCCCAGACGGACCAAGGGAGGAGGCCGAGGACUUCAGAGCCAUUGACUCUGGGAUCCUGGCCAUGAGGUUUGAUGCCUCAAUCCACUGACCAGAAACACUGGACCUAAAUGGCGCAGCAUGACUUUGUCCCUGCCUGGCUUAACUUCUCGACACCCCAGCCUGCCAAGUCCCCUGCUGCCACCCUUGAUAAGCAAGGCGAGCCCCACCACCACAGAGAAGGCAGAAAUGCUGUGAGCCGCCGCCGCCACAACUCUUCAGAUGGCUUCUUCAACAAUGGCUCCUUGCGCGCUCCAACAGGUGAUGGGUGGCAGCAGCCCUCGCUACUCCUGAGACAUGACUCUGUGGAUUCAGGGGUGGCCAAAGGAGGGCACAGUGGGUUAGCAGGGGGCCCGUGUUGGAAGGAAACACCCAGCUGGCACGGAGGUCCGCGGGGUGCCCAGGACGGCCAUCACCACCACCAAGGACGCCACCCUAAACGGGGAGGAGGUGACAGGGACAGGCAGGGAGGGCACCGGCAGCGCAAUGGUAACUUCCAUCCUCGGAAGGGCACCUCAUACCAGGACAAGUUUCCCAAUGAAGAACGCAAAGACAAUAAGGAAGACAAGCUGAAGUUUGUGGAAGAGGACUUUCCUUCUCUCAACCCUGAAACAACUGGAAAGCCCGGGACGCAGAUGAGACCAGUGGCUCCCCAUGCCGGAGUGUGGGCUGCCUGGAUUUUCCCCCCUCCCCCAGAAAAUCCUCCAAGUGGCAAGCAGAUGGUAUCCAAAAUGUUAGUUAUCAAGAAGGUUUCAAAGGAGGACCCCAGCACUGCCUUCUCUGCGGGCUUCGCCAGUGCCGGCGGCUUGCCAGCCAACGGCGCGAAAGCUCCCAUCACUGGCUCCAGCGUCUACAAGAAUCUGGUCCCAAAGCCUGCUGUGGCCCCCACCAAAAGCACCCCGUGGAAAGCCAGCGCUAGGGAGAUCUCCAAAUCUGGCCGGGAUUCCGUCUUUACUAACCCCGUCUCUGCUGCUAAAACCAGCACCCCGGUCAGUGCACCGCAGCACAACAACCCUAAAGAGCAUCCUUCCAGCACGACUCCUCCCAUAGACAUUGCCCCGUCGAGGCUGAAGCUGAUGCGCCGUGGUCCUGACCGAAAGAGCGACUUUCUGCGAGCUCUGAAGGACGAGGGCACUGGAGAGCUGACAACAAGCAGCAGCCCGGGAACAUCAGGAGAGGGUGAAAGCAGCACCCCGGAGCCAAAAGCCUACAGCGAGGACGUCUGCCACGAGAACGGGCUGUCCUACUCACUCAGCGACUCUGACACGGAACACCUGUCCAGCUCCCUGGAGGCUGAGCACAGGUUGCUGAAGGCCAUGGGCUGGCAGGAGUACCCAGAAAACGACGACAACUUCCUGCCUCUGACCGAAGACGAACUGAGAGAGUUCCAGACGAAAACCGAGCAGCUGAAGAGGAACGGCCUGCAGAACGGGCUUCUCCCGAGGGCGCGGGGUGUCACCCUCCACUUCACCCCCUGGAGGAGUGUGGCUGAGGCACAUGUGGAGGAGGGCUCUGAGUCUGAAACCAGUAGCAGCAGCCAGACCUCCGACGACGACGACUGCAUCAAAUCCUAACGUGGCUUUACGGAACAAAAAGAAAAGCAGCAGCAGCCAACACAUCUCAGCAAGCCACCUGCCCUCCUUUCUCUCAUCUUGUUUUUAGAGCACCAUUUUGAUUUUUUUUUUUUUGUUGUUGUUGUUCUUGCACAAGGGAAAAAACAAUCAUAUCCCAGUGAAGGGGGAGAUUUCUGCUCUGCCAGACGUUUUCCCUGCGUUUCCUCCUUCACUGCAGUCCUGCUCUCUGACCCAGCCCCCUCCUCCUUUUUCUUCCUUGCUUUGUGGAACUGAAGUGUUCAUCAAAAAGGGCAAUGGAUGCACACUUGAUUCUGCUUUAAACAGACUAACUCAUUUCAUUGAUGAUGCUGAUGACACAUUAAUGAUAUUAAUAAAAUUGGUUCCUGAUAAGCUA